AUGAAACGAUUACGCGCAAAAACGAGAGAUAUAUUCGAGAUACCCAGCGACGAGUCGGUGGACACGCCCGUCCAAGUUCUCAAACGACACAAGAGAAACGCUUUCGAAGAGAAAAGAACCGUGUUGGCAUCAAAAGACACAAACAUCACACAAAGAUCAAAGCGCAAAGCAGCCGCCGUUGUCAGUGAUACCCGCCCUCCACACAACAACUAUCAGGCACCAAUAACGCGCCAAGAUGGUGCCAGUACCAAAUCUAAGAUACCGGUGAGAGUGAAAGAGAAGCCUUCACAGACCCCUGUCAAAGAUAUUCGGUCCUCCUUCAAGCCACACACUCCCCUCCUGGACCAAAUGCAAGAAUGCAUGAGCGCCGAACAGGAUGGUGACUAUUGGCAGCAGGCGAAGAACAAGAAGUCUCGCAACACCAAAAGGGGUACCAGACCAGGAACUACUGCAGUGCAACAUGGUCGCCAACGCAGUCCUUCUCCUGCAUCUGAGCCAGCUACCCCAAUGCAUGACUCCAUCAGGUCAACAAACCGGAGACACGCUGGAAAUACCCCGAGAUACCCAAAGGUGUUGGUGCCUCCAACAGUGAUUCCAGAUCGCAAACCAACGAUCGGUCUGCGAUCGAAGCAGGCUGGCUUCGGCAUUGGCGCAACAUACCUUCCUCAAGUCAUUCCUGAAUAUGAUUGGACAGUGUAUGAGCACAGUGAAGAAGAAUUAGAUCUCGACCUCGACUUUGACGAGUGCGUCACUUCAACACCCAUCCGAGCAUUCCGGCGUCAUGAAACAUCACUUGGUGAAAAUUCCCCUUCUCCAACACGCUAG